UUUACGGGCCAGCAGACUGCAGCACGUGUGGGGCAAAGCGCACAGCACAGCUUGGAAAAGUUGCCGGUGCUGCUUUGGAGCACGUUGACUCCAGUGCCGAUGUGCUCCGCGGGCAGGAAGCCUCGGGGGAACCAGGAGCCGUGGCAAAGAUGUCUGCAUGCCCUGAGUGAAGGCUCUGGUGCUGGACAAAAUCAAGCGGCUAACAACGCUGGUCUGGUGGAAGACAUGAUGGAGCUCCUAGAGGAAGAUCUCACCUGUCCCAUUUGCUGUAGCCUUUUUGAUGAUCCUCGUGUCCUGCCUUGUUCACACAACUUCUGCAGAAAGUGUCUGGAAGGAAUUCUUGAAGGAAAUGUGCGGAAUGUGCUUUGGAGGCCCUCCCCUUUCAAAUGUCCCACAUGCAGGAAAGAAACUCCCGUUACUGGAGUCAACAGCUUGCAAGUCAACUACUCCCUGAAAGGUAUCGUGGAGAAGUAUAACAAAAUCAAAGUAACUCCGAAAAUGCCUGUGUGCAAAGUGCACAGCGGGCAACCCCUUAACAUUUUUUGCCGGACAGACAUGCAGCUCAUUUGUGGGGUUUGUGCCACCCGUGGUGACCACACGAAGCAUGUGUUCUGUUCUAUUGAAGAUGCAUAUUCCCAGGAGAAGCGGGCUUUUGAAACCCUGUUUCAGGGCUUUGAAACCUGGCGUUGUGGAGAUGCCCUCUCGCGGCUGGAUACCUUAGAAACCAGUAAGAGGAAAGCUCUGCAGAUGCUGACCAAGGAUUCUGACAAAGUGAAGGAGUUCUUUGAGAAGCUGCAGCACACGCUGGAGCAGAAACGAAAUGAGAUUCUCUCUGACUUUGAGACCAUGAAGCUUGCAGUGAUGCAGGCCUACGAUCCGGAAAUCAAUAAACUGAACACAAUUCUGCAAGAGCAACGGAUGGCUUUUAACAUCGCAGAGGCCUUCAAAGACGUGUCUGAGCCCAUCAUAUUUCUGCAACAGAUGCAGGAGUUCAGGGAAAAAAUCAAAGUGCUCAAAGAAACCCCUUUACCAUGUUCCAGUGUGGACAUCAGCCCUACAAUCAAGAGCUUUGAUACCAGCCAGUGGAAUGGAAUAAAACUAGUUGAUGUGGACAAACUUUCCUUGCCUCAGGAAAACAACACUCUUAAAUUCAAGAUUCCCUCAGUCUUUUCACGCAGAUUUAUAUUGACCUCUCUUGUUUGCUUGCUUAUUCUUGCUGUCACCAGAAUGUCCUUUGUGGAGUCAGUCGUUGACAAUCUCCAGUGCUGGAAAUCUCAAUUCUUUACAAUUAGCUUGUCCUAUUUGGCAGAUACAGUGGAGAUCGCAGAUCAUGCAGUCUUCUACUGGGAACAGAUGACAGAUGGAGCUUCACUUCUAAGAGAAAAGUGUAAAAACUAUACGUUGGUUGUACUGGAUAAUGUCGCACAGUUUGUGUGCAAAUAUAAACUGUUGUGAAGUCCUUACUGAAACGUGACAGAGAUCUGGUGAAGAAAACACAGAACUUUGUAAAAUUAAUUUGUUUUAAGCCUUUCAGUGAAAACAUUCGAAGAUUCAAAAUGUUUCCAAAACAUUCAUAUUGUUCUUGUAGUGUGAGCACUGGUAAAUUGGAAGGUGAAGCAGAACUUUGAAAAACACACUGGUUCUAGAUGCUUCUUUCAGUGGUGAUUAUGGGAAUAUUAUUCACUGUAAAUCAUUUUUCUUACCAAAAUACAAGGCCAAACUGUGUCAUUAGUUUAAUGUAAUUGUAGAGUAAGAUAAGAAGUGUCACUUCCUGAGAGGUCAUAGUUAAAAAGGCUUUUUUCUAACUGGGAAGUGGUUUGUAAACAGGAAGAACAGUUGUGACUGAGAAGAGUGCUGUACUGAGAGGCUUGGUUAGCACUGCCCUUCCACUGCAAAAUACAGAGCGCAUCGUGCGUGUUCUGGAACUGCUUUCUAUCUGAGGAUGUUACUCCUCACUUGAAAUAGAUAUAUGUAUUUUUUUGUAUAACCAAUCGUCACAAUUAUCCUGUGCAUCCAGAUUACUGUAGGUAUUGGUUAUUGUUUACAUGUUCUAUACAAAAAUACAACUUCAGGGCAAGCAUAAAUUCUAGGGGUAAAGAAAAAUCAGUUGAGGUUGGUCAGAGAAGAACAAGCUGCAAGAUAGUACCUACUUUGCAGUUUACUUUUCCAGCAUCAAAUUGUUAGAGUAUUUGAGCUGUCUUGUUAGAUCCAUGUUUCUCUGAAGCCACAGGUUCUUAAAAAGGGGCCUUAAUGUCACCAGUUGAGCGGGGUGAAAGGCAGGUGGGGGUCAGCCCCAGGACGGCAGCUGAUGCUCCAACCCUGCAAAGCUGGCAAGUGGAGCAGGUUCUCUCCUUUUGCUCUGUCUCUCCACAUUGCAAUUCCAAGAGCUGGGGAGAAAGAUGUGGUGAUUCCUUGGAACAGAGUGUGUAAUGUGACAGGAGUAUGGGCGCUGUUGGUGUUUGGAAAUGCUCUAUAGGAUUGGGAUAUAUAUAGGCUCUUCUACUGUUACUGUAUUUUCAUGUACCUUGUUUGAGGAGUGAAUUGAAUUUUCUGACUUAGCGAUAGGAUAACGGUGAUUUAAAGUGAACUGUAAGCUUGAGUUCUCUCAAGUGCCCUUCUUUAAGAGCACAUGAUACUGAAAUAUAUUGCUUGAAGCACAUGGGACCUCUGUUUGCAGUGGCCCUAUGAACAGCAAUAUAUUGAAUGAAAACAUUUAGUUGACAUUUCUGGGAAACAAAUGUAAUGGGUGCCAUACUUUGAGGAUGUUCCUUGGCCUCUCUUAAGGCUUAGUAAGUUGUGAUGGUCAGUUCAGUGUCUUGCAGUAGUCCUUGCAAGCUGUUUGUUUGGAAAAUAAAACAUUAAAUUCCAAGAAUCAAAGUUUCCAAGCAACCAAACCCUGCAAACAAAACUAUUGUACAUGAUAUUUACAUCUUUGUUGCCUGGGAGUCCUGUUGCUGCUCCACACCUCACUCCAAACACUUGCUAAAAGCACUGAAUGGUUCUUGCAGCUGCAGGUGCCUUGCCGAUCAGGCGAGAUCAAGUCACAAACAUGUAGAUCAGAGAGUUAAAAUUCUUGAGUGGCCAAGAUAACGAUGAGUAAUCGAGAGGUGGUCGUUCUGAGCGUGGGAGGUGUGAGAUUUGUAACCCGGGCUUCCACCUUGCAGCAGUUCCCAGAGUCCAGGCUGGCACGGAUGUUGGAUCAUGAUGACCAGGAAUUCAAACUGGUGAAUGGAGAGUUUUUUGUGGACAGAGAUGGAACUUUGUUUAGUUACAUCAUGGACUUCUUGAGGACUCUCCAGGUCUCCUUACCUACUAAUUUCUCAGACUACCAGAGGCUGCAGAGAGAAGCCGAAUUCUAUGGGCUCUACCUUCUGGCUGACGUCCUGAGCCAGGAACACUUGCUGAGGCCGAGGCCGGAGAUCUUGGAAGUGCGUUUUUCUCUCCAAGAGAUGCAGGCCUUUUUCCGGAUCUUUGGCUCUUGCAGCACCACUGUUGAGACGCUAGCUGACCAGAUCACUGUGUUUACAGGGCAGCAGUCAGGACAGAGCUGGAACAGCCCUUUUUCUUCUCAGAAACCACUUGUUCCGCUUCCUUUGGAAAGACCUUCUCAUCACGACAUGUUUUUUCAGUGUGGUACUGACUGCUCUGCUGGUGACCAGUUUGUGGCCAGGUACCCUCCUCGAGUGUGACUUCUCAUUAUGGAAAUGUCUUAAUGACUUCCAGUUCAUGGAGUACAUGCUACAUGCUAGCAAAGCUUGUCCUAAAGAAACUAUCGGACAGCUGAGAGAAAAGAGAGAUGUUUCCUUCUUUCUGCUAGUUUAAUGUCAUAUUUUUUCUAGUUCUGGAAUAUCCAGUUUAACUUCUGUUACACCGAUUUGCCUGUUCUUCAGCUUUCUAAAAUACUGUUCUCGAUGCUCAUUUUUGAGUCCUGUUGGGUGUUUCUCUGCCUUUUCCUCCUCACUUGCUCUCCCAGGCUUUAGAAUUUCAGGGUAUCAAUGACCUUCAGAAGACUUGAAAAACACAGAGUAAAAUUAAGCAAAGGAAGUAAAUAAGGACUGAAUGACUGGAGAAACCUACAAACUCCACUAGCUCAUGGUCUUUCAUAUGGAAAAGAGGACAAAGAGAAUGGCUCACCAGGGUUGAAAACACCAGUAAAACUAAGAUGUCAGUUGAGGGACUGGAAAGCUUUUGUAGAGCCUUUUAGUAGGGGGGAGGGAGAAGGAGUAGAUUAUUAACUAUAUGCUACACAGUGGGUUUUCUUUGAAUUCAGAGCCAGGUUCUGUUUUUAUUGCGAUUACUGUAUAUCAGUGAUUUUUGUGAUAGCAGUAUCGUAUUCUAAUGAUAACUUACGUUUCUUACUGGAUAUCCUUAUUGUAUGGAGACCUGUUCUUACCGUUUAAGAAAAUGUAACCUAAUUUGUCCUCUGUGGCUGUUAGGACAACUGAGAUUUUAUGGAAAUUUCAUUGAAAUUUUUCCAAAAGAGUUAUUCUCUCUGAAUAUAUGAAUCAGCACACCAGUCCUUUGAUUAUUUAAAAAAAAAUAAUCAAUAAAGAUUAUCUUCUAGCUUUCUUUAGUUAAGCAAGUAGAAGAAAAGCUACUUUGCAUUUGCGAAGUAACAUACAUUUAUGUGCCAAACCUUAAUUUUAUAAUGUGUUGGUAAUUUUAAUGGACUAACAAUUGGUUGAGUAGGUUACUUUCUGCAUCUUCCACAGUGAGGAAAAUAUUUCUGAUUCCUUCCUUUCUUGCUUCAGACUUCGUAAAAAUUUUGUCUUGAUUAAUGGAACAAGCUGAGUUUGAUUAUGUUGCCUGCUGAAUUUCUCUUGACUUUAUGGUGACAUGGACUCUUUUCGCCUUUUUGUGCUUUCCUUGAACGUUUGGUGUACUUUCUGUGAACUCUGGAACAGUUUCACCCCUGUCAGCUUAUGUAUUUUGGAAUGGUAUUUUUACCUGACUUCUGUUCCUCCAAAUGUCUGGAUAGGUUCUUGAACUGUACUUUAUAUCAAGUAAAAUCAUUCCAGGCAAUGUGAAAAUGAUUUUCAUACUUGUUACCACAAGACCUGCUGUACAAGGUAACUUUGCAAUAAAUGUCACUGUUUGUAGCGAGA